CACAAAAGUCUCAAUCUUCUUUAUAAACAUAGAUACCAUAUUGAGUUUUGAGAUCAUCUUUAAUCUCUCCUUCUGGUUUAAGGUUUUGAAUAUAAACACCACUCUCUCUCUCUCUACAUUGUGUAAUCAAACAAGAUGGAUCACAAUCUCGAGAUCUUCCCUUUACUCUCCUACAUAAUCCACCACUCCGACCCCGCCUCCCACGCGCCACCCUCUCUCUCAACCCAACAAUCCCUAGCCAAUCGUUACCCUCUCCUCACAAACCCCCACGUCAUCUCCACCCUAAUCGAAUCAAUCCCAAACACCAUCACUCAAACCCUCCACGUCCUCGCCUCUCUCGGUCCCCGCCCCGAUCCUUCGUCCGUCGCCUCCGCACGUGCCAAGAUCGCCCAGAUCCGGGAGACGGACUCCGAGGAUGCUGUUAAAGACGAGCAGAUCUACGCGACGGUUGUGAAGUUGGAGGAAGUUCAUGAGGGUUACGAGAAGCAGUUGAGAGGUUUGGAGGAGAAGCUGUGUGAGGUUUAUGAGUCUGCGGUUGAGUCGUUGUACGGUGGUGAUGAGGUGGACGAGGAGUUUGUUGAGAUUCUUGAGAUGGGUGAAGAUGAGAGGAUCGAUCUCUCUGAUCGUAAGCUUAAGGUUUUUCCUGAAGCUUUGAGCGAAAACGUCUCUUUGGUUUCGUUGAAUCUCUCUCGCAAUGAUCUCACGUUACUACCUGAAACAAUCUCAGGGUUUGAGAAGCUAGAGGAGCUUGAUGUGUCUUCAAACCUUCUCAAGUCUCUUCCAGACUCUUUCGGACUGUUACUUAACCUGAGGGUUUUAAAUGUAUCUGGCAACAAGCUAACUUAUCUCCCUGAGAGCAUAACUCAGUGCAGGUCACUAGUGGAGUUAGAUGCGAGUUUCAACAACUUGGCUUGUUUACCUGCAAACAUCGGAUACGGGUUACUCAACCUCGAAAGGCUAUCAAUCCAGCUGAACAAGAUCCGUUACUUCCCUAACUCCAUAUGCGAGAUGCGGUCUCUAAAGUAUCUAGAUGCGCACAUGAACGAGAUCCACGGCCUUCCGGUAGCUAUAGGGAGGCUCACGAGCCUCGAAGUCUUGAACGUGAGCGGCAACUUCAGUGACUUGACUGAAUUACCUGACACCAUCUCUGAUUUAGCUGACCUCAAGGAGCUAGAUGUCAGCAACAACCAGAUCAGAGUCUUGCCAGACUCGUUUUUCAGGUUGGAGAAGCUGGAGAAAGUGAACUUGGACGGUAACCCGUUGGAGUUCCCUCCACAGGAGAUGAUUAACCAAGGGGCUGAAGGUGUUAGAGAGUAUAUGAGGAAGAGAUGGGAAGAUAUGGUUGAGGAAGAGCAAGUGAGGAGUGUGAUUGAAGCUGAGAAGCAACAAGGAGGAGUAACGGGUUGGCUUUCAUGGGGAAGCUCCAUUGUUAGUAAUCUGCUUUCUGGAGAUACUCAGAGUGGUGGAGCUAAUAAGUCUAAAGACUCGUAUAUGAAUCAACUGCUCUAAAAUUUUGUUUUGUUUGUGUGCUUUUGAGGGUCUUUGAUAACUCUUUUCUGGUUUUACUUUUUGACUUUGUUGUAGAAAGAGUUCAUACUUUAAAGUGAAGACAGUAUACUUUCAUAUUACCUUUCAAGUUGGCUUUGUG